AGUGGGUGGGUGACUGGUUCGUGUGUGGGCAGACAACAGGAGGCAGAGACACGCGGGGGCGGCUGUUGAAAGAAAAGGACAGGUAUUAAAGGUGCAAGGGACAGAGGAGGUGGAUGGAAUAAGAGGGAGGUAAGGACAGAGAGGGUCAUCCAUCUCCAUCAGGAGGGCAGGAUCAUGAAGCAGAGGAGCUGAUUUGCAGUGCUGUCCCUCUCUGAGGAGCUAAAGGCUCGAGCAGCUGCCUGGGAACAAACAUUUCUUUUGGUGGGUGUUUUGAUGCUGAGGUGAGUGUUCGUCACUCCUUUUUCCACUGCUGUAAAACUGGUGACCUUUACAUUGUAGUAAAGAUAAGAUCUGUGCUGCCUCGUACAUGGUCUCUCUGUUUCCUCUUUGCAUCCCCAGUUUGGAUUUUCAAAUGAUCUUUUUUCUUCUUUCCGCCUGUUUGGAAAGGUUGAGGCUAUUUUACGGCUUUUACUGCAUUAAUGCACAUGAUUGUACAUACUGUAAAAACAGUGCUGCAGCCUGACAUGCACAGGCCUUUUUGAAUGAAUGAAAUUCGACUGGAUGUAAAUAGGUCAUGGGUAUAACUCUGUGCCUCUCUUCUGCCUUCCAGAGCGAGUUCCCUGUCAUGGCCCAGUUCUCCAGCCUGUCACCCAUUCCAGGCUUCUCCGCUUGGCUUCAAGGCCUGCUCAGCCAGUGCAGGAAGGAGGGCCGUGCAUUUGAUCUGCUCUCUGAGGAAGAGUGGAAGGAGAUACAACAUGCCACCGAUUCGACCCCGGGGACCCCGACCGUGGAUUCCCUUCGCAAGCUCCUCAGCUCUAACGAGUGGAUGCGUUCAGAGAGACUGUGCGGAGUCCUGGAGCCUGUUCUGAUGCGUCUGUGCGCCUGGUACCUGUACGGGGAGAAGCGGCGCGGCUAUGCUCUCAAUCCAGUGGCUAACUUCCACCUGCAAAAUGGCGCUACAAUGUGGCGGCUCAACUGGCGUGCCGACACCAGCCCCAGGGGUGUGGCCAACUCCUGCGGCAUCAUGGUGAACUAUCGUUACUUCCUGAACGAGACGUCUAAAAACAGCGCGCGUUACCUUCAGAAUAAGGUCAUCGCAGCGUCAGAUCAGGUGCUCGGCUUCGUGUCCCAGUUUCAGAAGGCCAGCAAACUGUGAUUAAGCGAUGGGGACACGCCCACCCGUUCUGUUGUUCUGCUGUUUCAAUCGAUUAUAUAUUUGUGAGAAUUUCAUUUAAAUCCGUCCUCGAUACUUGGCGUGUUUAAUAAAUGUUCAAAAACCAGCAGCUCCAGAAGAACCGCUGAGCGGAUGUUAGUCGAUAUUAUGUUUUGAAUUGAAAUGAGAGCAUUUCUCACGUGACGUAACUCUCGCCAUCUGCUGUUUGCCUCAUUAGAUUUCUGGCCAAAGCUGUUUGAUAUUGUGUAAGUGAUUCCCAGGACAGACUGCAGCUAAUGAAGCACGAGGCAUCCAUCACUGCUGUAACAUGUUCUUGGAUAAGACUCUGUGUAAAGUGCGAGCAACGAGGGAGCGCAGCUACUGGAAUAAAUGAUGUUUGGAUUCUUUCAUUUGGCUGAACUGUCGUGUUGCAAAUAUGUCAAAGGAUGUGAUAGAAAUAGAUUUUGUCUCUUAUUCUUCCCGCGCUUGGGUUUAUCUACACCUGCUGCUUAUUCCCACUAAAGCUCAACACACAACGACAUGAAAUCACAGGCUGGAAAUAUUAUUUCAUAUUAAAUAACACUAAAAAAAUUAGAUUUGUUUUGCACGUUUGUUACAACUGCUUAUAUUUUCCAGUUGACUGUGCUCGCUUUAACCCAGUGGGCUGGACCCUCCUGGUAGCUCCAUUCAGGUGAUUUUUGGGGAUAAUUUAGCCCACGCCUACACACACACACACACACACAAUUACAUAUGACCAGCGUCUCCGGAGAACCAUCGCUGAUGUUCUAAGUGCUCUGUACAGGUGCCAAGCAGGGCUCAUAUCAGCCCACACCCCAUUGUUGUGAAAUAAUAUAUCACAGUAAGUUGACUGUGAAAUUACAUUUUAUCUCUCCAAGGAGCCAAACUUUCUUUUCAUUUUUUUCACACUCUUCCUCCUCCAGCCCCCACCCCACCCUUUUCUCUCUUUGUGCUGCUCUGUGUCCUAGAAACUAAUGGAGUGAGAAAUAAAGUUAAAGUAAAUGGCUAGAUUGAUGGUGUUCGGUUGUGGGGGGGGCUGGGGGGGAUAAGGAAGCAUAAAAAGGACAGUUGUUUAAGGGAUGCCCUUGAGACACAGUGUCUCUGGAGGUAUUUGUGGCAGUAGGAGACGCAUACGUCUCUGUGUACAGAUGUGCGUGGGGACGCAGCACCAUCCCUCUGUCUCCCAAUAGAGGAAAUAGUGGCUGUUGCCACGGAAACAACAGCAACAUACUCCACACCUGACACUGGAAGCUAAGGGUUUUUUUUGAGUCACCUUUGCCCAGGAGUGGCCAAUGGCACUGUGCACGCAGCAGUCCAAGUCCACUAGCUUUUAAUUACGAACUUUAUAAAUGAUGUCUUACAGUAAUGACUUUUUAAAAGUACUCAGUCAGGUAUUUCCCCUUGGAGUAAGAGGACAAAUUGCUCAUGUGGCGAGCAGCUACAGCUCUGAAACCUGAUUUGCGCACACGCCGGGUUGCCUCUAAAUGAAAUGAUACAAACCUCGUCAGUGGAGGAUGUUUCGAGGACGAGUCGGUUCACGCUGCGAGUCUAUCUGAAGGCUUCUAAUUGUUUGAAGAGGAGACGAGACGGUGGGGUUAAAACAACAGCUAAUAGAUAUCACAGUAAAGCCCUAAAAGCGUAUUACUUGCAUUAAGGUAAUUAUUUUUGUUUUACACAUUUUCUGACAGCGUAUGUUUAAUUAUUACAACUGUAAGUGUGGACUAAUCUGCAUGCAUGCUUUACCCCAACAGAUCCUGGGAGAGAACUGCAUCAGAAUGAAUGAAAACUCUGGUUUCAGAUUGUUGAUAUUAGAGUCAAAGGUUUUACACAAAGGAUUCUGGGUAGACUUUCUUUUAAGGUUAACGGGUUGCGCUUACACUGGGAUUAUGAGGCUUUCACCAUACUUUUCAACCACUCAAAGCGCAUUUACCCAUUCCCACAGACGUCUUUUGGUGUCUUUACGUGCAGGCUGGAGGAUCCCAGGAUCAAACGAGUGACCUUCUGAUAAGCAGAGACUCUUGCUCCUGGGUAAAGCUACAGCCUUACUCCAAAAACCCCAAACUGCAGGUAACAACCAGCCAAAAAAAUCAAUGUUUUGCAAAAGUGCCAGGUUCUUGGGAAUAAAAUGUUCUAUGAAUGAAGCUAUGAACAACAUAAGCACACUCAGUCUGUAAAAACAGAAUAAAACAUUUUAAAAAUUGGUUGAUGUAACUCCACUGAAGUGAAGAUUCCUGGCUCAAACAAAGCGUCUCUUUAGACAAAGUGCUGGAACAAAAUGUCCAGCAAAGUGUUUAUUUUGAAAAAUUUCUUUCUGCUCCUGUUCCAUGUUGUGGAGGCGGCGUUCCAAAAUCCCCACAAAAAACAUUUUGUCUCUUAGUGUUUGACCUCAAAGUUAAGUAAACUGCAAAAAGGAAGCAAAGAUUCGACUUUUCUUGUGCUCGCUUGUUUAGUUCUUGUGCGGCAGUCAAAAUAAGUCAAAUUAAACGCGAUUUACUAAACAUGUCAUUGCAACAAAGUCAGAGAACGAUGAUGAUGAUGAUGAUGAUGAUGAUGAUGAUGAUGGGGUGAAGAUCUGGCAGUAAAAUUCCAGGUUAGAACUUUUUGAAGCCAAAUGUAGCUCCGAGUAUUCAGGUCACUGAUGCGCUGUGUGCUCAGACCAGUCUUGAUAUUUGUCUAAUCAGAUUGCAGUUUUGUCACAUUUCCAGCCCCUGCGCAUGUUGAUAAUGGAUUCACAGCCCAGUUCAAUAUUGUGCUGCUCCGUUGUCUGACACAUCUUAGAGCCAAUACCCCCCCCCCCC